CAUUCCCGAUCCUCACAUCCAAUUUCUGUAAUCGGACAUCCCAGACCUCGAGACACUUCCCUACAUAUAUUGAUGGCUUGACUGCGCCCACCCAAUUAUCGCUCUCAAACGGACCAGCCACAAGUUUGCCCGUCUCCAAGUUCCAUAUCCGCACUGGUGAAUUCCAUGACCUGCUCGCUAGCAGCGUGUUGUCCUCAGAGAUAUAGAUAUCAAUGCAGCUGAUCCUCUACUUUCAGCUCCGCACUAUUCCAAUAUCCGCCACCAGUAACCAUCCCUUGAUACCGCUAGUGCCAGUAACGUUGUUUCAUUAGGACUCUGUGGCAUGACUGACGGUACAAGACUCCGUGAAACCUGGGAAGAUGCACUUAAUAGCUCUGAAGUCACUUUCCGCCAGCUCCUUACUUCUCAUUCUUCGUCAGAAUGGAAACAUAUUUCUUUAGCAAGCGACUCACCUUUGCCAGGCAAAGGGAAGGCACGCGUUUCUCCCACUCCUGAGCUCACCGACAUCGUCGUGCACCGCGAAGCUACCAAGUCGGGUGAGAAUGUAUACAGAGUCGUCCUCGACGUCUCAAUUAUCGACCAAUCUGCUUCUCUCAAUGCAUGGAAGGCCGUCAUCACCACUCCGGAACUCAGGCAGGAGUGGGACCCCGCAGUUGAGAGCGCGCAUUUGGUGGAAAUGUUUGAUCGCCAUACACGAAUAUCAAAGACCAAUUUUACGCUUGGCUGGCCUGCCAAGUGCUCCACGAGAUGCUGUAACGAUUUCACGCCUCCACCAGGAUACAUCCAUGAUAAUAGAUAUUCUACCUCUUUACCAUGCUCAACUGACGAGCCAGCGUACUUGAGGCCAUCGCCCUCCUACGUCAGAUCACAAGUUGCAUUGUUCGCUUGGUGCAUCCAGUAUGUUCAACCAUCCUCAGCCCCUCAGCCACACUCCCCGGCCAAUCAAAUCAAACGGCGCAUGUCGACAUAUAUGGCUCAGCCACGUAUUCGCAUAACAUGUUUCUGGCAACACGACCUUCGCGCGAUCUGGAAUUUUGGCUCUGCUUCCAGCAUGUGUCAACAGCUGUGCACGAUGAUGUUGGGUCUGUAUAAGACCGUCCUAGCGCGUGGCACUCGUAUAGCCCUGCGCCGUCACCGACUAUCUGCCGGUGGAGGAGGGCUGUGGUUGACGCUCACGCACGACACUUUGUUCGCUGCAGAUGAGAGACUUCUGGCUAUCGUACGCCUUGGGCCGAUGGGAUCUGGGAAAGAUAAGGGCGUGGUGAUGGUCAAUGGGACACGUGUAACUGUCGAUGUCGAAGAACUUCCUGAGCAAGAGAUUAAGGCACUUGCGAAGCGCAAACGCAUCAAGCCCAUCCGCAUUCUGCUUGACCAGCCCCCAGUCGUAGGUGUCAUUCGACGGCGGCGAGCAGAGUGGGACGCAGACAGCGAUGUUCUGAACAGCUCAAAUUCUACCCCCAGAAAUGUAUCACCUGAACUCCCUGAACCUGCGAAGCUCACACCAGCUUCAACAUGGUUGACAUCUCCGAAAAUCACGAGUCCGCGGACCAAGUGUUGUCCUUCAACAAUUGAGUAGGGUCUGGGGCGUUCAAUGAUUCUCAUCUACAAAUGUAAAUCGAUGUAUCAUACAAAUUCAUACGAACAGAAACUCUGAUCAUCACGAUUGUGCCAUCUUCCAGAAAAUCUUUCUUGGAAACUCCAAAUAUAAUUGAGUACUAUGAACAUUCCUAAUAUUAUUUGUAACCACGAAGUC